AUGGUGGCUUUGAAGAAGCUUUUUCAAGCUGAGCGAACGCCUUCGCGCUCAUCAACUGGUACUGGGCUCAAUGGAAUGGAGUCGGACGAAUCCUGCUUUGGCAACCUUGAAUCCCCCACUCUGAGCAAGUUUCAGACCCUGUUUUCUGCCGGUCCCCCAUCGCCAGCACUCCUGUCACCAGGCUUGAGAGCAUUCCAAGCACAUGAUGUGGCACACCAUUUCGAUCAGAUUGAGAAACAGUUUGAAGAUCUGCAUCAGCAUCUAGCGGAACGACCGACAUCUUCUCAGUCGCAGCACCCGCCACCCGUACCUGGUCGUUCUUUUCGCAAAUAUCCCAAUGCCCGGCAUAUCGAUUUAAUGCAAGCUAUUGCUCCUUCAGAGCAACCUAUCAACAGUGAUUCCCCAGUCGCAUCGCCUCCCACGAGCCCAUAUAACGAAGAUGUCGCGGAACGAAACAUGACCAGAUUCCUUCGUAUUCAAUAUCGGAGUGGAUUUGCAAGCUCCCGGGUAUUCUCUGCUCUGUAUCAAGAAGAUGUCGCGGACAGGAACAUUGCAAAGUACAGUACCGAAUCACGCUCGCUUUCGUCUUUAAGCUCUCACUCUUCCCCUCCUGCACCUGGGAGGGUACGCAACCUAAGCCCCGAUGGAAAGGGGAAGAAACGCACUUUCAGAAAUCCCAAUUGGACAUCAGAUGGUGAUUUACGUGCUCGCUCUGCCUCUCCAGAUACUGCCUCGGAUAACUCAUUGCGACACUUGCAGGCAAGCAGCUUGCUUCGCCAACAAAGAUCGGCGCCAAGUUUGUCUCCUGACGAGGAUGGAGAAGAGGCACCGCCUCCUGUGAUUCAGCGUUUGGGUGUUCCUCCAGCAUAUAAGCAGGGCAAGCGAUGGAGUAAUACCCCUUUGCCAGAUAGCCCGACACUACCCAAUCCUAUGAGUGAAAACGGUAGCGGCGGCGAGAACCGCGCGGAAAGCCCCCUAGUGCCUCGAGCUCCAGUCACGACGGCCCGAACCUCAUCUUUGACUUCAAGAUCAAUAUCCCCACCUCCUUCAUCGGGUUCCGCUUCUCGAAAGAAUGUGCGAGAUCUAUCCAUCAAUACGGAGAUAGCUGCUCAAGGCCGGCCGAAAAUUGCACACCGCGCUAUUCAACCCCCAACGCCCUCGGCAAACGAGAUGAAGCGGGCCCCAAGUAUUGCAGAGGUCAUGCAUAGUCCUUUGCCUGCGCCGAGCCCUCAACAACCCCCCCCUCGGUUCAAGGUCUCGGAGAUGAUGGACUUGUUCAACAAAGCCUACAUGUCUACACAGGCCAUCAGCCCCCAUCCUACGUACGAGAGUCUGCAAGAUGCCAUUGUCCGCGAAAUCAACUCUCACGAGGCCUUCAAGAACGUCCCUGUUCCUACCGCUGGUCCUCCCUUUACUCCUUCCCCGACGCAUGACACAUUCGACCAUCGCCCCCGGACCGCACACCCAGGAUUGAGCCGCAGCGCGUCAGCCGGAUCGAUUUCCAAGAUCAUGAGAAAGAGCUCUUUCAGGAAACACAAGCGAAAUUCCGAUUCCCGUCAGAGCAUCUCCACAAUUUUCCGCAAGGCCUCGCCCUCUCCAUCUCGCCGGCGACACACUGAUGCCCCAAUCCCAUCCCCAGGCCUCCUCGCCGACAUCAAGCAAUCGCAGGAAACCGCCUCGCCCGAGCAGCUGACAUUCAUGGACGUGCUCUAUCGCGUUAGCAACGACAAGCCGGGCACUUCCAGCUCUAAAACCCCCCAAUCUUCGAGAAAGCGCGGACGCUCGGAUUCGACCUCCCAUUUCUCUGCUAUCAUCCGCGCGAACUCUGAGAGACCCAAUACCCCCGGCCCCAUGGGUGCCAUCUAUUGCAUGCAAGCACACUCCAAUUCUUCCAAGGAGAGCCACGGCAGUGGCUCAUACGAAGAGAGUGACGACGACAUCAUCCACCUCCCAAGCGUCGCCGCACCACCCCCGCGUGUGCAAAUCGAUGCCGUCGAUGAUAACAACGUGCGCUACGUGAUUGACUCUGCCGCCGCUACCGAUGCGCAAAGACUCAUAAACUGGCCCCAGCGCUCCCGCCGUACCAAGUCGCCUGCACCUACCUCGGCACCGUGUGAUAACAGCUUGUCCCCGCUAUCCCGCGCUCGGAUGCAGUUCCGCGGCAAUCGCUCUGUCGAGACCUACUAA